AUGCAGAGCGAGCAAGAGUCAAUGUCAGAGGCGGAUUCCAUAGUCUACCCUGAACUUACAAACCUCGCUAAUGGGGAUAGCUAUGACGAGGUGGAAGAGCUAUUACUCAUGCAUAUGGCAGACAAUAAUGAUUCCCUUUUACCGGAGCUCACAGCAGCUAUGGUUUCGGAGGAAGACAGAGACAUGCCUCGCAGACAGGCUUCCCCACUACUCAUGGAACGCCCUCAAAGCCCUGGUAUUGACAUGGCAGCCUUUUGCUUCCAGAGGCCGACUCAGGGUCCAAAUUCCUUUUCCCUGCAGCCAGCAAAACGCUGCUCACUGAAUACCAUGCCUCCUCGGUCUGACACUCGCCUGGCUGGUGGCACAGAUGUGUCUUUGGUGACUCGAGAAGGGCCAGGAGAUGGAAGUUGUGUGCGCAGUUCCUCAUAUCCAGUGAACUCGAACAUCAGAACACGCACUCUGAAGAUGGUUUCACGAAUCAGACCUCUCGAAGCACAGGGACCAGAGACUACCUCACUAGAAGCAACAGAGCGUAGGGUUCAUGCUGGGCAUAACCCGCACGUUUUGCAUUCUGCAGCUAUUUCUGUGCCACAAGUCGGUCAACGCUCGUCCGCUGAAUCACGGCCAGUCUCCUCAGGAAUUGCAGCGCUGGAUAGGAGUACCACUUCCUUAAGACACAGAAAGAACACGGAAAGAAUAGAAGCGACAGAGCAUGGAAACAAGGCAUCCAACACAAGUAUCUCCCGUGAACCAUUGAGAAGGCCAGGCCAAAGCAGAGCUAUUGAGCAAACUUUGUCGGUUGCUACGAAUCAAGCAUCGAGAAUCACCAAGCGUCGCCGUUCAAGCAAGAAAAGCGCCAGGCUUCCAUCCACUGGUGGCUCUGAAGAUGGGGAACCCAAACUAUCAGAAGAGGAUCUAUUCCAGUUAUUAAUCAGCCGUAUCAGAGAUCGUGAGAAAGGUGCAAUACUCGCCUCUAAGCUUAAACAACAGAUGGAGGCCAAGAUUACACAAGCUGCUGAGGAAAACAAUAUACUGAAAGGCCAACUGGAGGAGUCUUGCCAGGAAAUUCAGAAGCAAUCAUCUCAGCUUGAAGCCUACAAGUCCCGUAUGGAAACAUGGAGGUCGAAGUUCGCGAAGUUUAGAAGCUUCUUGAAUGACUUUGGCUGCGACUUCCAAAAUUUACGUGGGGAGGCUAUUAAGCUCAAAGGAACAAGGAAAGAAUUGCUGAGUGAGAGGAAUGAGAUAAACACCAGCAUAAAGGAAGCAAGAGAACAGUUGGCUAAGGCUUCAACCGACGCAGAGCAUAGACGUGGUGACCUUAUAAAGGUAGAGAGCCAAAACGAGCUGCUUAGGCAAAGCUUGAAAGACGCCGGGGAGACAUCGGAUCAACUCCUGAGGCAGCUGUCGGACGAGAAAAAGCGAUCAGGUCUGCUUGAGGUCCACAUACAGAACUGUUCCAGAGCUCAGUCCACCAAAUUGGAUAAGAUCAUGUCACAUCAACGUGAGAUGAUAGGAGGUUUCGAUGCUGCCUUAAUAAGCCUGAGCCAUCAGCAUGUUGCUUCCAUAAAGUCUCUCCAAGAGGGUCUGAGCUGUGAUUUCAGCGGUUGUCUGGCUUUACUCAGAGAAUUGCAGGGGAGCAUCUCAUCAGGAAAGGCUGAUGCAACAGCAUGCACAGACAUUAUUAACGCCUUCGCAGCUCGCAUGGAUUCGGCUAUGCACCAGCUAAGUGCUGGGAUUGGAAAAGGAACUGAGGCAACUGCAGGUCUGACUGAGAAUCUCAAAGCACAAACAGAGAUUAUUGGGAAGCAUAUUGUCAGCGACACUGAGCUGGCGGCGAAGAUUUCAAAAGAUUCGGAGAAUAAUGAGAGAUUGCAAAACACUCUUCGAACAAUGGCGGCGGCCAACGAGAACAUUACCCUUUCAAUGAAGGGAUUAGAGGCAAGAGAAAGCGGCCUUCUCAAUCACUUGACAGCUCUGGAAAGUAGUCUAUCGGCAAUUAAACUACCAGAUCAGAGGGAACUUCUGAAAGACGAGACUCGCCGGUUUGAGCAGACAAUUGCCGAAAUGAAAUCUAAGAUCCAAAGUUUGUCGGAGCAGUCCAAGUCCGCCGAGGAUGCCCUGGGAACCAGGGAUCUUGAGAAUCAGGCAUUGAGAGGAUCGCUAAAAAUUGCAGAAACAAAGGCUAAUGAUAAUGACUGUCGCGUCCGCAGGUACGAAGCGGAAGUGACGGCCUUGAGAGAUGAAGUUAAGUCUGUGGAGUCAAGGGUUCGUAAAGAGCUCAGUAGAGCUAGUGUUGUCUCCCGAGAGCGGGAUCGAGCAAGAUACGACCAACAACUCCAUAAGGUCUUACGAGAGAAAUCUGAGGUCGAGGGUAAUCUGAGCAAGGUGUCCAAGCAGCUGGCCGAGACACGACUAGAUCUAACAGAGUGCGAAGACAAGAUGAAGCACCGAGUGAAUGAAUUGGAACUCAUGCUGGAGUCCAAAGAAAAGAAGAAUGAGGCUCUCAGAUAUGAUAUCUCUGAGACUAAGUCCAAGCUAGAGAAUGAGAAACACGAGGCAGCAAGACUUGCAGAGGUGGUGUCUUUGAGCGCAACAGAGCGGGAGUCCCUCCAUCGUCAGAUUGAAGAAGCUGCCCAACGCAUUUCAAGCCUUGAGGAUGAAUGCCACAGAAUCAGCAAAGAGGGAUUAGAGUCGGUCGAGGAUAUUCAAAGUAAACAUGACAUGCUGUACCAGAAUUUGCAGAAAAAGGAAGAUGAAUGCCUUCUCAUCCAGUCACAGCUUAAGGCUACGAUGUCAGAAAAGACGGAUCUCGAGUGCCACAAAGGGAGGGUGGCAGAAGAGAUAAAAUCUCUACUCAGGAGGGUCCAAGAAUCUGAUAACUGGAUGAGAAAACUCAAAGCAACGCUUGGCCAAGCGGGACUUGUCACGCCUGAUCAGCCAGCCUCGGAAGCAUGGAGCAGUCUGGAAACCAUUCUGCGCACAGUCAUCAGCAGAGAUGCCACCCGCGAUUCCUUGGAUACAUCUCCUGGUGGAAAACAGGAUGUCAGUUGCUCGAAGGCUCGAACUUCGACUCCCCAGAAGAGCCUGGUGGGCUUAGGACAAGAAGUGUACAAGGCAACAGAGGUGAUCUACAAAGCAGAAAGCUUUCAAGCAAGCAUUGUUUCUUCACCUUUCCCAGCAAAAGCUAACCUUACAGAAAAAGGCCCCGCAAAACAGCCUUUACAGUCUGCCCAGAACCCGAACAUUGUACCCUUUUCAAGCUUCCGCCAACAGUCGCCGACAGAUAGUUCUGUCUUCGGGAACGAUCAGGACGACCUCGCAGCUAUGCUAAUGCUUAGUUCAGAGCAAAGAUUUUCAAACGAGUCCCAUUCGACUAGCAGACCUGAUGAGACCCAAGUGGCAAGAACAACAAACUUCGUUGUACAAGAAACACCUACAAGGAUGAGUACUGCUCAUAUCAAGGCCAAGGGAGCUUCCAACACAGUCAAGGACAAAUUGCCCCGGUCGAAACCCCAAUCCAUGAGGGAUGAGAAGGGAGUCGACACAAAGAUCAACAGAGAAGGGAAAGAAACUCGAUCAAAAGCCGUCACUUUCGGAGCACAAAGCCCAACAUCGCUGGGGCAGAAACGCAAGUCAUCGGCCGGGAGCAAUAUCAGUUCAGGGAACUGGCAGAGUCAGCCCCUAGAGGAGGAGGACAGACCAGCCCGUCUAAACCGCCGCACAUAUGCCAGGGCUCGUCAAUCCGUGUCUCGAACUCUGGCAGACGUUGAGGAACAACCGACCCGUUCUCUUAGAAAUGACGUUGCUGACAGAGGUGCGUCUGCCACCACAUCUUCCUCCUACGGAAAUAAACGGGCAAAGGUUUCUGUGGAUCCUCCGGAACAGAAGCCACAAAAGAAGCCUGUCAGCGAGUACUUCGAGCGCAAGCCGAGCCCCGCGAAGCUUGCUUCCGGAAGCAGCAGGCCUUCUUCGAUGAAUGCCAGCCAGGGCAACAUUCCAAAGCGAGCAGCUAGAGGUAGGGGAGCAGGGCGAAAGACCAGAGGUGAACAUUACAAUGCUGGCUUCGGCCGAGGAGCCUGA